AUGGAAAAAGUACCGCUAAGAAAAAUAAUAGUAACAAGAUACAAUUCUGCCAACAAGAUUGACAUUGGACUAUCUUAAUAAGAAUCUCAUCUUGAAAUGAGUUAAUAAGUAAUGACUUAACAGCAAUAAUAUAUAUGCACAUAAGAUAUGCAGGCUUAAGGUGAAGAAUUUAAAGAUCUGAUAAUGGUUAGUGAUGGAUUUCAAAAGAUUUCUGUACAUUUCAAUAUCAAAGUUAUUGAAGUCUUUGAUUUUGAAAUUAAAGUCGUAAAGAAUGAAAGAGGGCUACUAGAAAGAUAGGUUAAUCUGAUAAUUUUCGAGUUUUUCAUUAAUUCCUUGAAUGAUAGGAUGAGUGGUGAGAUACUUCAAGCACCAGAUCAAUUACCAGAGCUCUAAAAAGAUUCUGAAAUUAUAACGCUACAUCACUACUCUAAUUUCCUUUAACUAUAGGACAAAGCUAAUAGAAUGAAGAUUUAAAUGGCAAAUAUUAGAUAGGGGAUAUUGUUGAUCGAGGAACAUGAUGAUAAAAAUAUUGAUGAAAAAGGAAUUGAGCCAAUUAGAUCUGGGGAAUAAUUCAAUGAAAUUCAAGAUUAACAGAAUAAUGAAUAAAUAAUUCAAUAAGCUCCUCAGCAAAGUGAAUAAAUAAUUAAUGAGAAUUUAGAUCUAUAAAAUACACAAACUGAAAAAGACGACGAUGAAGAGGAAGAAGAAGAAAUUAAAUAGCAAUAAUUUUUGAUUAAAUAAGAAUACCAGGAGGAUGCAGAUAGUAGAAUGGAUCUAGUAAGAUCAGAUGAAAGUGAAGAGGAGUGCAUUGAUAAUAAAAAAAAGCUAAAUUAGAGAUUAAGAAAGAUUCUAGGGGCAGACUUUAACAAAUGCAAAACUGAAGAUAUAACAGUCAAGAAAAGAGGAAGAGGUAAGUGGCAUUAAGCAGCUGAUGCAUAAUAUGCUUUUAAUGUUAGUUAUUCGAAUGGAGAUACUAUCAUUUCGAUGGGCUAGGUCUUCAUUAUUCAAACUCCAAAAGAUAGUAUUUCUUCAAAAUUUAGAGGCUAUGCUAUACCGAUUAUUGAACCACCAAAAGAAGAUCGAUUAAUCAAAGAUCCAAUAGCAGAACUAAUUGAAAAAUAAAAGAAUCAGCCGAUAGAAAUCUAAGAGGUCAAUAUGUAAAAUGAUAUAAUUGAAAGUAAACUUGGUUGCUAUGUUACAAGAGGUAUACCAUUUAUUGUGAAGACUUAUCUGGAUCCAGAACUACGCUAGAAUUCAAAAUACCAAGCAAUCAAGGAUAGUCUUAGAUAUGAGGAAGAAUAUCUUUCAUAUUGGAAUCUUCAGAGAUUAACUCAAAUUAAGAGACAAAAAGAUAGAGAAAAUUAAGGGAUAAAUUAGCAAUCUACCUAAAAGGAAGAAGAUCCAGCAGAAAGAGAUGCUUUAGGACUUAGUAUUAUAAAAAAAGAGAAUACUGAGGACUAGAAUAUGAGUGACUAUGAGUAAGAUGACGAAAAGAUGAAAUUGGAAAGCGAGGCAGAAAAAGGUGCAUUAUCUAGUGAAAGACCAUUUAUCAAGCAAACAUAUUAUACUGAUUGCCUUUUUCUAGAAAAGCUGUAGAGAUACAAAAAUUGGUGUAAAUAUUAAUAAACUCGAUAUUAUUAAAUCAAGGACUCAAAAACUCUGAUACCUACAAAUUAUAAUCUAAUUGGAUUCUACCCAUUUGGGCAUGAAUUUUCUGUGAAACUAACAAUAAGAAGAGAUUAGCCACAUAUUCCAAUAGCAAAGAAAGUUUAAAACAUCGAAAAUUCAAAAGAUGUUGCGAUAUAAACUAUGCCAAUGAAAGAAAUUACUCCAAAAAUAUAGAAAGAUGCGAAAAUUAAACAGAGUAAAAGCAUUUAUGAUUAGCCAUUCCUGAAAUUUUCCCCAGAGUAAACUCAAAUUACUCAUGAAACUAAAAAUCUAGAAUCUGAGGAAGAAGAAGAAGAAAAAUUGUUAAGAGACUUUAGCAAUACUGAAAAUAGCUCUCGUCUUAUUUAUUACAAUCAGCAAGAGCAGGAAAUUUUAUAAGAAUACAAUUAGAUUAUCAAUAAAGACCCUUUCUACAAUAGCUCCUAUCCUUCUUUAUCUUAAUGCGAUUUCACAGUGACUUUAUCAGAAAAUGAAGAAGACAACUAUCGGAUUUAGAGUUAAAUAGAUUCCAAAGCUAUCAAAUCCUAGAGCAAUUUUAAAGUUAAUAAUCAAAUGCUCAUUAGUAAUAUAAAUAAUGGAAUGCUGAACCUAUGA